GGUGAGUUGGGGGUGGGUGGGGAGUGCGAGGUGGGCGAGGGGCGGAGGGAGGAGGCGAGGGGUGUUUAUGAGGCGUUGAAGGGGCUUGAGGGGGGCCAGCCUAGCGAUUCGAGGCAUCUGGCACUGGCGUAUAUCGCGUACACCCUAACGCUCUACACCGAGUCGCUCGCCCAUCUCUCCGCCGUACGCGAUCUGGCGGAGGCACAGUCUCGCCUUCAGCCCUUUCAAUCGAUCCGCUCGACGCUCACUUCCAUCACAACUACCUCUACCACUACCGCACCGACGUCAACAUCCGCUGCACCAUCGACCGCACCGUCAACCUCUACUUCGACAGCCAACGGAAACCUCGCAGCAAGCAUCCUCGCAAGCGGCUUCAACUCCUCCUUCGCCUCGCUCGACACGAGCACGGGCGCGAGCGGCGAUGCGGCUAGUAUCGCCGAUAUAUCGAACGGCGCGACGUGGGCCGCGGCUGAAGUGAUUCGUUCUGUCUGCCUCCAAGGGAUGUGCAUCGAAAAGCUCGAACCUUCCAACGCGCCCAAAGCGCUCGAAAUCUACCUGACGGCCGUGCUCUCGCUCCCGACGCUCGAGUCUUCGAUAUCGGGCUCGGCGCCCGCGCCCACUGCGCAGUCGUUCGCGAGCUUUGUGAGGUAUCGCGAGCUGUGGAGGUGGGCGGAGAGGUUGCUGUAUCGCGCGAUUGUGCUGGCGGCGCGGGUGUGUGUGUUGGGCGGCGGCGAGGCGGGUGGGGAGGGUGAGGUGGAUGGUGGGAAUGAGGAGGGAGAGGGAGGAGGAGGGAAGGAGGCGAGCGUGCUGUGGAGUUUACUGGCGCACUACCAGACCUGCUCAGCGCACUGGCCACCCACGUUCCGGCCCAAGCAUCGAACGACGAUCGCGUCGAUCCACGUGCGCGCGCUCAUCCUCGCUUCCCGUCUCCCCUCCUCUUCCGCUUCCUCCUCAUUCAUCAGUAAGAAGGAGCUGGGCAGUAAGGCGAGAAGAGUGAUCAAAGAGGCGAGAGACGUUAUUGGGGCUACGACGAGCUUCCCGCGGGCGGACCAGAGGAAUAGUAAUGUUGAGGAGCUGGUUGAGUGCGCUGUUGCGGCUUGGGAGGCGAGUGGGGCGGAUGGGGUGCGGGCGGGGUGGGUCAUGGACAUCCUGUGGUGGGCCACCCGCCUCACAUUCAACUCGCCCCUCAUCUACCGCCACAUGACGCGCCUCGCGCACGUCUCGUCCGACCACGCCCUCUCCCUGCGCACUUUACGCCUCUACAUCAGCGUAGUCGGCAAGGCGCGCCAGGCGGGCGAGCAAGAUAUCGCGGAUACGGAUGCGAAUUGGGUCGAUAC